CGAAGCGAAGCCACGGAGGCACAACGUCAGCGGCGAACCUGCCGCCGGGUUCCUCAGUGCGUUUGGCGAACAGUUCGCGGACGGACGUGUCUGAUCUCUCUUUCGUCUAGCAUCCUUGGAGAACGUUAUUUUCCAUCCUCUCUUUUGCAUAUUUCCACGGAUUUGGGCCCUUAUUAUUUUUUUUUUCCAUCCAAAUAAAAACGGAAAUAUUAAAAGGAGGAAGGAGGGUUUAAAAAUAGGAAAAAGAGGAGUCUAGGUAGAAGAAGUACAAUAAACGGGAAAGAAGAUUCAAAUUCAAUAUUAUUUUGUCUUAUUUUCAAUUUCCCAUAUCGUAUCGAAACGCAUCAAAUUAUUGUCUUAACUUUCAGUGUACAUCUCGGUGAACGUUUAUCGAGAAUAAUAAAUAUUCGUGCAUCCUUGUCAUUUAUAUACGUUAAGGGUUGUUUAUGUGAACUGAGAACUUGUUUGUUAAAAAGGCAAGAUUUUACUUUGAGAUAUAUCCAAAAAGGGAAAGUAAAAGGGAAAUAAUUAAUUUGGUUUUAUUGAAUGGAUUGAACUUUCGAUAGUUUUGCGGGAUUAAUAAGAAGGGAAGAUUUGAAAGGUCGAAUCCUAUAUCAUCAAGACGAUUCAUGCAUGUUCCUGACCCUGAUGCGAGAAGCCACGCCGGAAUACCAAGGUCGUUUGCGAUCGAUCAGCGUGGCGUCUACUGCCACGUGACUGACUGACUCUGACUGAUUGAUCGUCUACCUCUCGUUUCAAUCGUAACCUUCUGGUGUCAAAGAUCGUUUCCUGCGAUUUAUUGAGAAUUCAAAGUUAACUUUAGAUCGUAAUAAUCGUUCUUGACCUUAUCCUCCUACGAGGAAAAACUUUUAUUCACUUUUUGUCUCACGUACGAGGAUUAUUAAUCAAAUAUCCUCAUCUUCUACGAGUAACAACGUGAUUCUCGUUAACGUUAAUCGCAAAAAGUCUCUAAACAUUAACAUUAUUUUUAUAUUUGUUUCUCUCAUUUGCGUGAAUGGUUUCAACAAUUACGUGUAUCGUGGAGACAAGUUUUGAAUCCAAAAAAAUUCAUUGGAAAAAUCUUUCACCAAGAUUUACGUUUGUAUUGUUCUCUAUUACCUUGUGGUGAGAGUGCAAAAAUCAAAAUUAAUUUCAGUUAGAUCAACUUUUUGAUCGAACUAAGAACUUUUUCGUAUCUCUUCGCGUGGACGUUUUUGAAAAGAGAAAAGAAAAAAAAAUUCCGUAGAAAAGAAGAGAAGACAAAACGAGUGAGAAAAAGAAAGAAGAUAAGAUAAGAUAGUAAGUAAGAGGGUUGGUUGAACUGACAGAAAGGAAGGGCUUGUGACGUGCAGUGCGAUCGGUGUGAAGGAGAUUUGAGGGACUUGGAGGAUCCAGUUACUACGUGACAUGACGAGAGACUUAUAAACGCCGAAAGCUGUGAGCAAAAGAAGAAGAAGACAGAAAGAAAAGAAAAGAAAAAAGAAGAAGAAGAAGAAAAGAAGAGUGGUUGGACCGAUAAGUUUGGUGAACCUUAGCGAAUUGGAAUCUAACUGCAUCAACGUGAUUGGUGUUAGUUUAUCCUCCGUGAAAGCGAUACUCCGGCAAGGAGUAAUCAUCGAAGUACAUGAGAAAAGGACAUGAACUACUCGCAAGGGAAGGGACGGCUUUACCCGGCCUACAGUCUGAGUGGCAGCGAGGGUGAGGAUAAUUCCCCUAGUCUGCGUGGUCGUAGUUCAGCCUAUCCUCAAAAUAAUCAUCAGACCACCCAGUCACAUCUCAAUCACUAUAACGCUGGUCAGCACAAGCAACGUGCUUACCAGCAGCAACAGCAGCAGCAACAGCAACAACAACAGCAACAACAGCAACAACAGCAGCAACUGCAACAACAGCAUCCCCUCUAUCAUAUGCCCGGCAGUGGCGCCGGACUCAGCGACACACCGACAUCAGGCAACGCUUCUGACGAAACUCUCACAGACAGCGAUCUGAUCACCGCUGCUCGUGACUGCGCCCUGCUCGUUCAUAACGGUGAGUGAAACGCGCCACAGCAUACUUCCCAAAACGAUAUGGAUCGUGUAUAAUACCUGCGA